AUGGCUGCUGCUGCUGCUACCGACUCCAAGUACUAUGAGCUGUACCGCCGAAGCAGCGUGGGCGGUGCUCUUACAGACACUCUCGAUGCCCUGAUCACUGAGCGCCGGAUCGAGCCGCAACUCGCCAUGAAGAUACUUGCCAACUUCGACAAAGCCGUUGCGGACGUAUUAGCCGAGAAAGUGAAAUCGCGACUGACAUUCAAGGGACAUCUCGAUACGUACCGCUUCUGUGAUGACGUCUGGACGUUCAUCAUCAAAGACAUCAACUUCAAGCUCGAAACCACUGGACAGGUCCAUGCCGACCGGGUCAAGAUAGUCAGCUGCAACACAAAGCGACCAGGCGAGACCUGAGUAGACCUCAGACUCUGAGUCCAUGUUGGUCCGUAUCCACGUAUCGACUCUUGCUUUACAACAACCUUGAUAUUACUUGCAUUCUUCUGCGAUCGUGAGGGCUGGAUUGUUUGGAGCGAAGUUGGGAAGAGAUCCCAAAGGAAAUCGAGCGAUACCCUGCAAUCCAUGGCUAUGGCAAAUGAUACAGAGCGCAGCACAUAUAUUCUGCAGCU